UUUCAGCUGUUGCGAAAUGCUUCUCAUACGCUGAUUGGUAUUUGUAUAAGCGACUGGGAGACGAUGGCAAAUCUGUCAGAAGUUUACAUUGGCUUUCACGACCAAUUUAUUGCCACGAAACACGAAACUGAUGUUUCAUGGUUCACUGACAAGAUAGGCGGUUCGCCGAACUGGAUGUGUGCAAGCUCAGUUGGACCACAGUGUGAGGAAUGUCAGAAAGGAAUGUUACUUGUCACUCAACUCUUCUGUCAGCUAGACUCUGCCUUCAACAGGACAUUGUAUAUUUUUGCUUGUGUAACACCUGACUGCCAAGGAAAAGCCAAGAGCUGGAGAAUUUUUAGGAGCCAAACAAAAGUGGAUAGUGACCUACAUUCAGCUUCUGUCGAUGAAAGUUCAGGGAUCAGGGGUGCUUCUUCAACCAAUCCUAAUCACUGGUGUGAUUCUGCAGAUGAUUGGGGCCUUGACGAUGAAGAAUGUGUCAGAGUUGUCAUGGAAACAGAUUGUAAAAGCCAACAGCAAUUGAGAAAUGAAAAUGGGGACACCAAAACUUCUGAGGACAGUAUUAUUCAAAAAGGGAAGGAGACAGGUUCUCCAGAUAUGACUGAUGACUGUGAAAAAGACCAGAAUGAAAAGACGGCCAUCUCAGAGUGUUCUAUUCAUUUCCAGCAAAUGCAUAUUCAUGAUGACAGUGCGAGGAGCUCAUUGGAUGAUUGUGUAGAGAGUAGUCCAUUGAAAUGCCAGUUUACAUCACCUGUCACAGCAUCAUCCAAUAAGGUUGCAGCAGAGAGGACAACAAUACUGUCGCAUGGAGAUCUCAGUGAAUUUGAUAAUCAAGUGUCUGGAAACAGUCAAAGACGGUUUAUUCCAUAUUUUAUUUCAACAUUGGCAGAAAGUCUUUGUGUGCAACAGUUUGAAGACAGACAUGUUCACCAGUUGCUGAAGGAGUAUGAGAGGAAAGAAGGGUGUGGUUAUAGAGAAACUUUCUAUGACGACAGUGGAGGCUCAGGUGAAAAGUAUGAAAAAAGUGAAAUUAAACAUGGUGACAAGCAGCUGUACAGGUUCAAAAAGACUUUGACAUUAUGUCCAGAGCAGUGUUUAAGGUAUCAGUGGGCUGGGGAGCCACUGUUUCUAUCAGAUUCUGCAGGGUGUCCACUCUCAACUUCCAUCCCGCCAUGUCCAGUGUGUGGAGAGCGCAGGGUGUUUGAGCUUCAACUGAUGCCAGCUUUAGCUUAUGUGUUGCAGAUUGAGAAUACAGAGGAACGCCCCAUAGAGUUUGGAACUGUUUUAAUUUUCACCUGUGUGAAGAGUUGUUGGCAAGAUGGCGAUGUCCUGAGAGAAGAAGUUGUGGUGCUGAUGUCCUAUCCUGACGAAGGCUUGUUCAACAAAUAACAGAAAAGAGGUUCAAAAGAUUGACCAGUUUCGUCGAGAUGGAGAAUAACCUUUGUAUACCAAGUCACUGAGUAGGGAACCCUUUGGGCAUUGACGACUACCACCAGAAUCCAGAUUUAUGCAAACAUGCAAUAUAAAGGGUGUAGAAAAAAAAUCCACCGGACACAAGGUCCAGCCCUAAAGCACCCCUAAUUUAAAUCUCAUUUGGGUAUUCCUACAGACAGACAGAUACAUACACCAUGCAAUA